GAGUCAUUGUAAUGAUAAGUUGAUGAAUUGAGCUGAGCGGAAGUCAACGGCAGGAAACGACAUUGGCGCUCAAUGGUAUGUGAAUCUCGUGACGUCCGAGGACAGGGACCACAACGAGUCAAGAAUACCUUGUGCAAUGGGAGGCGAGGGCUUCCAAGAGAGCCAAACCAAGAGUGACGAUCUCGAAAAAAGAAAAGAAGAAAAAAGGACCAAGCGACACAAAGGAUGAUCGACGACAGCUCAACUCAAGGGUGUAAGUUCGACGCGUGACGUGCCGCCUCGGUGAGCUUCGAUAAGAAGGUUCGGGAUUCGGUGAGCUUAUCAGUGUGUGGGACCAAAAUUUAUGGCAUCCGAUUGACAACCCCCACCAACAUGAAGUGAGCUGGAACAUCACCAGUCCCAGCAUACAUAGACUACACAAAAUGGCGAAAAAUAGAGCUCCCUCAAAGCACUCUCGUGCCGCGCGCCGCGCAACAUCUCCCGGCAUCGACACCGACAAGUCCUUGAAAGACGUCAAACCCCCUCCGCGCGACGCAGCACCCCGGCCCUCUGUUCUCGCCGUGCAACGCUCAGCUGGUGUCAGCAAGAAGGCUAAGAACGGUCGCAAGAGCCAACUAUCCGCCAAGGCGCGGAAACGCCAGGAGAGGGGCUUGCAGAUGGCGGAGGCGAUCGUGGAGCGCACCAGCAAGAAGGUCGAGAAGAGCAAAGGACGCGGGAAGAACAUUGUAGAGAGGAGUCAAGCGUGGGAGAAGAUCAACAAGGAGGCCGAGGCGGCUGAGCAAGAAGCGGACGACGCGAGCGACGACGAGGACGAGGAAAUUCAGGGUGACGGGGUCGCCACCAAAGUCGACGACGACGAUGCGGAUAUGGGCGCUGCAGAAGCCGUCCAAACAGGAGAUGCGCCCUCUAAAAAAGGCGACGACGGGUAUCUGGCCAUUGACGAGGACGAGGAGAUUCUAUAG